UAGAUAGAAGAGAGGAAGAAGAGGAAAAAGCGGAGGUGGAGGAGGAGAAACAGGAGGAAGAAAGGUAUCGCGUAGCCACAGAGAGUGCGCACAGUCCACCGUAUACUCGGCAUGGACCGUCAGUACACCCUCUGCGUACUUGUACCGCACAUUACGGCACAGCAGUACCGUAACUACGUGAAUAAUUAUCAUCAUCAGCAGCAACAAGCGCAGGAGCAGCAACAGAGAAAUUUGCAACCUCCAUCAUAUCUUCAGUAUCAGCAGCAACGCUUAAUUCAGCAGACACAGCAACAGCAACAACAAGAACAAAUCUACGAGAACGUCGUAUCUCAAUAUCGCAUGAAAAUGUGCUAUCAUAAUGAUUACGAGAACGACGAGCAGAUACAAAGAUUCUACUGGGAGCAGUGUUAUAAGCGCAACGAUACCGACACUACAGCGUAUUACUACUGCGAAUAUGCGAAGAAGGAGAUUUAUGACGUAAAACAUCAGAGGCUCUGCCUGGCUCAGGAUGAGUACAAUCACCUCAAUAACGCCUUAACCACCCUUGGCGCAUCGCGUACAAGUUUGUGUUCCAGCUCGAGUUCCUUGAGUACCAAAUAUGACCCUGACCUGCUUAAAUCAGACGUGGCACUUGCAAGGAGUCGAGUUUCUCGAUUAAAACGAGAACUCGAGCAAAUUCGAGCGGAGAUGAAUUGCACGCAACGAGGAGUAGAUACUCUCGCCAGUGUGGAACAAAAAUUGAGCACCCAUCAUGGGGGAUGCUACAAUAUUAUGGAAGCGCAAGCGAUCAUGACGGAGCUUCGCAACAUUCAAAAGUCCUUAAGCUCGGGCGAGAAAGAGAAGGCUGAGCUGAUGCAAUCCCUGGCACAAUUAAAGGAUGAACUAACAAGGUUGCAACUAUGCGAGGGCAGUCCGGAAGCUAGCACGCUUAGCUUGCCACAGGAGAAGCUCAGUACGGCCUCCCAAACUGAUCUCUCGGGCGAGCUGGUACCGAUCGGUACUCGGCUGGCCGAGAUGGCACGUAUGAGGUUGCAAUAUGAUGAGGCAAGAAAACAGAUUCAGCAUAUACAACAACAGUUGGCGGAUCUCGAAGAAAAAGUGACGCCGGGGCAAACUGAGAGCGACAAGGACAAGCUGUUAUUAUUCCAAGAAAAGGAACAGUUAUUGAGGGAAUUACGUAGCAUUACUCCACGCACGAGAACGCAACAGGACAUGAAGAAGAUCCAAUUGGAAAUUCGCAGACUCGAGCAAGAUCUUAAUACUGCGUUUGAACUUUCAAAUAAAACCAUCACCGAUCGCGUACGGCUCCACGAAGAGAAGCAACUGCUGCUGCAGCAACUUAGAAACGCGCUGCGCUCAAUGGCAAUGUUGGAGGGUCAAUUGAAAACUUUGAGCGCUAGUACGUUGUCGGUGAGCAGUAGUUCCAGUCUUGGUAGUCUCAGCACGACUAGUAGCAAAGGUUCUCUCAGUUCUGGACUUAGCUUCACGGAUAUUUACGGUGGUCCGCAGUGUCUGGGAUCGGCCAGUUUACAGCAAGAACGACCAGUCGAUAUGGUUGACCUCCACAGACGUGUUGAAAGACUGUUGCGCGGUUCCGAACAAAGUAAUCUCGUCGGAACACCUUCACCCGGCAGAUCUCAGCCCAGUCUUUCCCCAAGAUCGAGUUUGUCCAGUGUAAGCCCGCCGGUAUCGCCGUUGUAUGAAAAUGCGCCGAUGGGUCCGCCGCCCGCCUAUGAACAGAUAGAACAGCAAAGGAGGCAAUAUCAGAGAACAGCGGCACCUGCAGCGACGACAACGACAACAACAAUGGCAGCGAUUAGCAGUACUGCUACGUCUCACCUGGACGGGAAUCAAUUAGAAGACCGUUUAUCGGAGUUCAGAUUUAGUCAGCAACAAGGAGUAGCGUCACAACAAGAACAGCCGUGCUCCAUCAAUACGCAGGAUCGUUUGAAACUCGUAGUCGGUCCCCAUCCGCCCGUCGAGCUGCAAUCGAGUAAUAUGUCUCAGGGCAGUGGCUUGGGCAGGCCUAGCGCGAGCGGCACGCAGAUGCAACUGCAACAGGUACCACCAUCGUCCCUGCCGCAGGAGCCACUCCCCUUAUCGCCAAUCAGCGAAACGCCACCGCCUACUGGGAUCAGGUCGAGAGCCAGUAGUUCCGGUACCAACACUAGAUCCGUCUCCGCCGCCGUUUCUGAUGAGAGCGUCGCAGGUGACUCGGGUGUCUUCGAGGCAUGCAACCGAAAAAGAUUAUCCGGGCCCAUCUCCGAUGUAGACCCAUUAGCUUCUGGCGAAAUGAGUCUAGAAACCGCACAAGUACAGAUUAAACUAAGGUAUUCAGUGAGUGACGGAUUACUUCAUGUUGGCAUUGAACGAGCGAGAAAUUUAGCCGCGCUUUUUAUACCCGACAACGCGCAAGUAUACAUCAAAGUCGCACUGCUGCCGAUGCAAUUACCCAUCAAUCAUACGUGUUGCACGAAAUCUGUCGUGGACUUGCGAAAACCGACUUUCGGCGAAACGUUCCCGAUCGCCGUGCCGCUUAACAAAUUGUACACGAAAACGCUGCAAGUGACACUUUGGUGCACCGAGGCUGAGAAAUGUUUGGGUUCUGCACAAGUCUCGUUGGCAGACUUUAGUCCAGAAUCUCCUAGCGUGAAAUGGUACAAUAUACUCUCCUUCCGCUUCAUGCAUCCAUCUGAUAGUCCCGGUACCAGUACCAACGGCACCUCUAUGAAUGUCAGAUUGACGAAGCACGACAAGCAGGAAUCGGAUAUUUCGGUAUACAGGAGCGUACAGAAUACGAAAGAAGAGAGUAGUGACGAGAGUACGAUAAUCAGUUCCCAAACGUCUACCUUGACGAGGAAUCAAGAUGAGUUGCAGUCAGCCGUAACGUUAAGGUUGGAAGAGUUGAAUUGUCUACGUAGUCCAGAAGAAGAGGAUGAGGAUGAUGAAAGUGGGAGCGAGGACAGCGACGAGGAAGGUAUCAUCGUAGAAUUUACGGUGGAGGAUAAUAUUCUAGAAGAUGUUUUAGAGCACGAGGAAGACGAAGAAUUGAACGAGGAAACGAGGCAAACGCAGGACAAGGAAACAAACACUGAAUGCGUGUUUAUUCCGGAACAGGGCAAGCAAAGAAAACUUUCUGCGGCUGGUGUUGCACCCGGCGCUAUUCAUGACGACAAAAACUCUAUUGUGAUUAAAAGAAGUCAAACAUUCUCACCUAGCGCAGCCGUUAGCAGAAAUCAUUACAUCUGUCGGCUUAAUCGCAGCGACAGCGAUAGUAGUAUGCCGCUUUAUCGCAGAGGCGGACCUUUCCAACGGAACUCAGUAGAAAGACGUUCCCUGCGAUGGCGUCGACCGUCCUCCGCUCUCAGUUACAAAAUCACGAAGAAGUCGUCUCAUUUGCUGCCUACAGCCAGAACAUCUUUGGACCUCGAAUUAGAUCUACAGGCGCAGCAUGCUAAACUGAAUAAUCUCCAAGAUGAGAUUAGUAGGUUACGAGAAUUGAAACAACGGCUAGAACAAGCGCGUGAAAGAGGCGAUACCGACUUAGCAACUUGGCUGCUAGAAGAUCAAAAAUUUCAAAAUCUCAUAGCACAGGCCGAAAGUGGCAAGAACGGCAAGAGCCUUGAGGAUAAGAAAGUGGAGAAGAUGUUAAAGAAAACUUCAAAAGAGAUUUACAAGUUGAGGAAAACGAAAGCUGGGAAGGGAAAACCCGAUAUGAUUUCUUUUAAAGAAAAGAUGGCUUUCUUUACGCGAGUGAAUUUGAACGUUCCUGUUCUGCCAUCUGAGGAGCUCGGAAAUGAAGGUAUAUGUUCUUCAACAUCACACACGCACAGAAAAUACGCAUCGGAGCCCGUCACUAGUGCUUUUAUAAAUUCCACGACAACACGAUUGAACAACAUUUCUGGUGGAAGUGCAUUGCCUGUCACGAAGAAUAGCAAUGUCACGGAUCGAAGUGUCACAAAUGUUGCCGUGAUUGUCAACGCAGACGAAGUCGUAUUGUCCAAUGCCGACAGUAAAUCUGUGAACGCUAAAGGUCGACCGGCGGCGGAGACCGAAGCGCGAAGUUCAGAGAAUGGUGAGAGGGAGGUUUUACCGAAAUCUACGGAGAAGAAUGGCAAUGGAGAGCCGAAGAGGUACGAAUAUGUUGUUGAUCGAGUUCUCGGUGUGGAAUCAGUCAUGGAGUUAGAAAACAAUGAGAGAUCACGAUAUGAGCGAUAUAAGGCACUGGAGGCCUAUGAGAAGCCUUAUAGUAAACCUAAGUAUUUCUGCGAUCUGGAUGAAAAGUCGCAGAAACUGGAUGCAAGUGUUAAACAAAAAGACAAGUCAGUACAGGAAUUAGUGGCUGUAAGAUCAGAAUUAGCUGGCAUUAGGAGAAGUUUGGCUGAAGCUGUAGAAACUGAAGCUCAGUCGGGAUCAGGACAUUCUCCAUACUUAGAAUAUAAAUUACCUAAGCAUCUACAACCGGACAAAUUUUCUAAAGAAAAAAUGGAGUUAGAGACAAAGUUAGAUGUGAAAAAUAAAGAAAUUCAAGAGAAGCAAAAGAGAAUAUUUGAAUUACAGGAUCAGGUCAGGAGGUUUUCUCAGAUAGAAUCUCAGGUAGAGGAGAAAACACGAAAAUUAGAAGCUUCCAAUAAGGAGAGGGAUUUAUUGGAAAAAGAAUUAAUAACUACAAGGUCAGAACUGGCAGGCAUUAAAAGGACGUUAGAAUUGGAACGACAAGAAAGGAGAGAUUUAGAAACUCGAGCGCUUGGAUUAAUAAGAGACGCUAAGCGAAAAUGGGAGAAUGCAGAGAAAGAUAAAAUUGCACAAUUAAAUAAGCAUAUUGAAGCACAAACUGUAAAAUUAACAGAAUUAUGCACAAGUAAUAAUGAAAUGAGUUCGCGUUUACAAAGGACAGAAGGUGAACUGCAAACUGCAAAUGCAGAAUUGGAUAAGUUGCGUGUAUUUCAAGCACAAUAUAAGGAAUCCUUGGCGAAAACGCGUGAAUUAAGUAGACAAAGUGUUCAAGGCGUAGAAAUUAAGUUAGAGGAGAUUGCUGUGCGCUCUCAUAAUCAAUUGGCCGAUUUACGAGCAAAAUUGGACUUUGAAGCAGCAAAGAACAUAGAUCUCGAGACUAGGUUACGAAACGAGCAGGAUUCAAAUCAUUGUCGCGAGUCAAGAUUAAAUGUUGCUUUAGAACUUGCUCAAAAUGAAUUAAGAGAUUGUCAGGAACAGUUACGUACUAUACAAGCCACGUUACCGGCAAGAGACACUGAGAUCGAAGCUUUGCGUAAACAGCUGCAAGAGAGAGCGGGACAGAUAGAUGAUCUAAAGUCAUCAGAGCAGUUGCUUACAACUAUGCAAGAACAGUUGGAAAGGAUGAAUCUUGAAAAUGAGCAAUUAAAGCAACAAUUGCAAGUUACCAAAUCUGAUCUAAAUGAAACCAUGAUGAAUUUAGAGCAAAGUGAAGCACUUGCUGUAAAUUUAGAACAAGCGGCACAAGAUAAAGUUGCAUUGCAAAAGAGAUUACAGGACUCUUUGGAAAAAGAAAAGGAACAAUUGCGCAAAGUGUGCAAUUUAGAAGAAUUAUUAAAACGUUUAGAAAAUAGUGUUACAAAGUUAGAAGCAGAAAAUGCUGUUCUUAAACAACUAGAUGAAGUACCACCUGCAACUCGCGCAACAAUUGUUGAAGCCACAGAUACAAAGGUAUUUCACAGACAAGAAGAAACAGAAAAACUGAAGCAGCAACUUCAAUCGUUAAGAGAAGAAUUAACAGUUGAAAAACAAACGGCGAAACAAGCCCAGUUGAAUCUAUGGAAGAAAGAAAAAGAAUUAUCAGAUGCUAACUUAGAUAAACGUAUAGCUGUAAGGGAAGCUAAACGAGCUGAGGAUAAAAUAAAAACUCUACAGGAUAAAAUAAAAACUCUACAGGAAGAGAAUCAAAAGUUACUCAAAAAAUUAAAUGAUAAAGUAAAAGAGGAAGAACAAAAUUCAAAGAAACUAUUAGAAGAAUUAAAUAUCGCGAAGACAUCAUUGAAUGAUAUUACAAAAGAGGCAUCUAGGCAUAAAAUGCAAGCAGAUUCAGCACAAAGAGCUUUAAUCCAAGCUAAUCAUCAAAUCGAAGAAUCACAAACUUCUAGUGCGUCGUUACGUAGAGAAUUGGAUGCGACUCGUAGGCAAAUACGAUCGAAUCAAGAGCGUGUCGAUACUCAGAAUGCCGAGAACAGGCGUUUGACACAGACAGUCACAGAUCUUGAAUCUAAAAUCGCAAAACUAGAACAGGAUAUCAAAGGGUACGAAAUAAAUAAUGAGUUGUUAAAGGAAACUUGUACAGUGUUAGAAGAGCAGUUAACGGAUUACGAAAGAUUAACAAGCGAUCAUGAAACGCGCGAAAAUAUGCUGAUUCAAGAUAAAAUGAAGCUACAAAGAGACUUGGAAGCUGCUGAAACAAAAGUUCGUGAAGCACAUAUUGCGCAGAACGAAGAGAAAACACGAAGAAUAGUUGCCGAACGCAACAUUGAACAGUUGGAAUCUGAAACAAGUGAUAUAGAAAGCGAGAGAAACGGUCUGAUCGUUCAAAGGGACCAGUAUAAGAAACUUGUUCAGGAACUUACUAUGCAAGUAGAAGAAUUGAAUACAAAAUGUGGUGAAUUGGAAUGCGAUUUCUCAGAAAUGGGUCAUGCUUUAGAGGCUGCUAAAGAAGAAUCGAGAGUCGUGAAAGAAGAAAGUAGCGAAUACUUGACGACAGUGCAUGAAUUGAAAGAGGAAAAUUCUGUGCUUAGGGAUAAUUUGCAGAAUAGCAUAGAUCAGUGUCAGGAACUGAGAUCAAGAAUAGCAGAGUUGGAAACCGUCAUAGAAGAGAUGAGACAGUUUUAUCAGAAAAGAGAGAUAAAGUAUGAAAGUGUUAUACAGCAACAAACUAAACUGAUUGAUUACUUGCAAUUUCAAUUGGAAGGAGGUGGUAAGAAAAAGAAGACGAAGAUAUGCGAAAUACUUGGUAUGAAACAGAAGGAGAAUAUGCCACCUAUGGGCACGGGCAUGCCUGUGGGAUAUCGCGAAUUAGAGAAUCAGCUCGCUAAAGAACAAGCGAAGGUGAAGACGUUGACAGAUCAAUUGUUAAUUCAGAAAGCUAGGGCUGCUUCCGCGCCUGCAUCUGCACCUACAUCUCCGACGACGCCAGAACGCGAAGGCAAAAAGGUGAAGAAUAUCACAGAAACUAGUACCUCAUUACUUAGGCAGUUAUCUCCGCAAAGGAUAGGACACAACAUUCCACAUAGAUUUAAUGUUGAAUUGCCUAUGCGUGCUGGAAAAUGCGCAGCAUGUCCAGAGGCUAUACAGUUCGGAAGACAUGCUCGGAUCUGCAGCGAGUGUCAAAUUAUGACGCAUUUAAAAUGCGCGGUGUCUGUACCUGCCAAUUGUGGUUUACCGAGUGGUUUGUCUAAAUACUAUUAUAAAUCUCAUAGAGAUAGCGAUGAGAGUAUAUCAUCAAUCGGAGAUAGCGUUCAGACUUUGGCGAUAGAUCAGCCGGAUAAACCAGAUGCAGAUUUACAAAAUACUCCUUACAAAGAGAAUGAAAUUUCUAUGGAAGGAUGGGUAAAAGUUCCUAGUAAAUCAAAAUCUUGCUGGGAGAGAAAGUAUUUGAAAUUGGAAGAACCGUGCCUAUGUCUCUACGAACGACAGCCAUGUGCGGGAGUGGUACCAAUCAGUCGUUUAAAUUUAAUAGAGAAUAAUGGCUUUAAUGUUUCUGAAGUAGUGCAACAUCCCGACGUAUUGGAUACAGCAAAAUCCGACAUCCCAUUUAUCUUUAGAAUAGAAUCGAAUUCUGUGACGACUUGUUGGCCUUCAUCUAGAUUGGACGUCAUGGCACUGAGUCAGGCUGAUAAGAGGAAAUGGCUUGAAACUUUAAAGAUUGUUACUGUUCAAAAUUCAUAUCCUAUAUCAAAAUGUAAAAAGUAUCAAAUUGUACUCAGAUUAGAAAAACAUCAGUUGGAUUUGAACUGUGUUGUGGAUCUGGGUGCGGAAAAUGUACUUUUGCUAGGUGCGAAAGAAGGUCUUUUUUCAUAUUGCGCUUUGAAAUCUCAAACGCUUACUACAAUUCGCGGUGUCAAGCAAAUACAUCAGCUUUCUUUACAUUCUCACUUGGAUUUGGCUUUAAUGAUAGCCGGUGAAUACAGGGAAUUAGUAUAUUGUAACUUGAGGCUAUUGAAGAAUAAUGCGUUGGCCGCCGAUUGUUCUAGACCAGCAAUCAGUACAAAGACUGUACUAUCUAUCUCUGAUAGUUGUCAUCUUUACCAAUUACAAGGCAAUAUACUAUGCGCCGCAACUACAUCUCGUGUGAUAUUGUUGAAAUGGAAAAUCGAAGAAGAUUUUGGAGAAUUCGUCAAACUUUAUAAAUUUGAUACACAAUUUGAUACACCUUGCAGUUGUGCUAUAUUUACUACAAAUCGUCUUAUUGUAGGUUGUGACAAAUUUUUACAGAUUGAUCUGCAAACUUACGUUGUAGAUGAAUUCCCAGAAGAAGAUAAUAACUCAAUUAAAGCGGCAAUAUCGGGUGCAGCGCAACUUGGCACAUUUCCUGUGUGUGUUCUAAAUAUUUCAAAUAUAUGUGGCACAGCGGAGCUUUUACUGUGCUACAAUGAGUUUGGUGUAUUUGUAGACGAAAAUGGUAGAAGGACUCGCGCUAUUGAUCCAGUGUGGAAUCAUUUACCAUUUGCUUUUGCAUUCUGCAAACCGUACUUAUUUAUUAUUCAUUUCUCAUCUGUCGAGAUUGUGAAACUCGAUGCAGAAGCAUAUAGUUCUUCGGAAAGGAACCCUGAACGUACCUUAAUCGAAUUAUCUAGUCCACGUUAUUUAGGCACAGCUGGUUCAAAAGGAAUUUAUGUGGCUACUAUUAAUUCUUACCUCGAAUUAUUGAAGAUAGAUGGUUUUGUUAGUAUGCCAACAUUGAACAGCAGUCUAACAAGUCUCGAUACACUAGGUCAGGAAGAUGAAAGUAGCUCAGAAUUUAGUUUUACAUCAAGCUUAAUGGAGGCUUUAGAUGGACAAGGGAAAAAAGUACACUUCGCUGGAGUGCAUAAACACUAAAAUAGAUUUUAUAUACAUAUGACAUUUAAUUUAAUCUCGAUAUUGCUACUUGGCUUAGAAGUUGUUUUUGUAUGUUUAUAUAUAACAAUAGUUAAGGCAAAAAAU